GGGAGGAGGAGGAGGAAGGGAGAAGGAGAGUUCGGAAGGUGCUGGAGGCGGGAUCGACUGCAGGGCGCGAGUCUAAAAGUUUAAACCCGAUUUGUCCAAGUCAGGGGAAGCUUACUUUCCAGCUCGGUACCACAACCUAUUUAACUUGGUCCUGAGACUUCUGGCACCCUCAACUGCGUGGAACAGCCAGGAAAACCCAGAAGGCCUAGAAGGAGAAGCAGAGCAUCAGAGGACAGACUGUGAGACGUGUAACCAUGAGUAUCGACUGGAUUGGUUUUGGAUAUGCUGGCAUAUUAGCAUUUGGAGGCAUUCUGGGAUAUCGUCGCAAAGGAAGCGUUAUAUCUUUGGUUGCUGGUCUUUUCUUUGGCUUGUUGGCGGCUUAUGGAGCUUACUGUAUCUCCUGCAAUCCCCAAGAUGUCAAAUUGUCACUACUCACUGCCUUCUUUCUGGUCAAUUUAAUGGGCAUAAGGUUCAAGAGAUCCAAGAAACUAAUGCCAGCAGGAAUUGUAGCUGGCCUAAGCCUCUUGAUGGUUUUGAGACUCGUCUUGAUGCGCGCAUGAGACUCCCCAGCGACCAGGGACGUAAUUCUGAUCCUUCCAACACAGCAGACUAAAUACAUCCUUUGUACUUGAAAGAUAAAUUUCAACAAAAAAUGUCAAGCAUCUGUAAGGAAGAAGUAACAGCUAGCAAUCUGACCCUCCUCGUAUUAGCAUUAAUUGACAUGAUUAUUUUUUUUAAACCAAAAAUUUUUUUCGCCUGCUUUCUAGUUGACAGUGAUUGUUUCCUAAAGCGUACGUAACGCGUCAUGUCUCAUUGACCCUCAUUUCCCCUUCUUUUAUUUUUCACUGUAGAAGGUGCAAAGUCAUUGUCCACCGGUAUAAAUUUUAAGUCUUUUCUAUUUGUUUCCUCCAAACUCCAAACACUGAUGUCACCAAACAAAAGUUUACAUGACAAUAACACUUGUCAGUCAAUAGGAUGCCUUACGUGUGAUUUCACUAAAAUACUAACUGAUUGUCCUAGUCUCUGUUUGUCUUACAAGCUGCACAGGAAAUACUUUUGUUCUGACAUUUAAAUUUUAUUCCACCCUCUGCAGACACUGGAUGUAGGAGCAGAGUGUAACUAGCAUUCAAAUAAAAGUUCUUCUAUUUUAAA